UUUUUUUAAUUUUCAGAUUAAAAUUUUUUUCUAUAUGGGAAAACAAACAGAAAUUAAGCAAAGUCCAAGUGAUGUUCGCUUAAAACUUGAGCAAUUUAAUCGUCGUUCGUCACAAAGAAAACGUUUGGCACCUAAAGUUGAAGAAGAAAUUGUUGAAGAUAUUGUUGUUGAAGAAAUUAUUGAACCUGUUAUGCCUGCGGCGCAUGAAGAAACUGUUCAGGAAGAGAAGGAAGAAGUUGAAUUUAGUAGAGGAUAUACAAGCAGAGGGGCUCUUUGUAUUUGGUAUAAAGGUUUCCGUUACCUUAAGAAUCGUGACGUUAAUAUCAAACAUUAUAAUAUUUUUUGGCGUUGUGGUACCAAAAGAUGUCCAGGAAGCGCAUAUACACAUGAAACGGAAGAUGGCAAAUUAAUGGGAGAAUUGAAAAAUGCACACAUUCAUUUACCUCGCCCAGAACAAAGAUUGGCAGAAAUUAAAAGGCAAGAAUUAAAAGAAAGAGCUAGAAAUGAGCCUUCGUUGAGUGGUGCAAACCUCGUUGCAGAUAUUCGAGCUGGAAUUGACGAUGAGACUUUUGUGGCUUUGGGAUCGGAUGGAUCACUUGCACAGUUGGCUAAAAGGUUUACUUUCUUUAGGGUAUAAGGCGGCCUGCAUAGUUGCUGAUUCUUUUCUCUUCUCUCUUUUUUUUCCUCAGCGUUGCCUAUCUUCCCAGAUCGGCCGUCCUCUUGUGUUCCUUUUCUCCCCCAUUUUUGGCAAACUUUGAAGCCAUGUAACUUUUUAGUUU